AUGGAGACGCAGAGCGCGAAGAAGGCGAGGACGCCGCCGCCAAAUGUGCCCCAAGAAGAAGAAUCCACCAAUGCUUCCAACAUGCCUCGAGGAGGAACAAGCCAAGAAUACACCGUGGAGGCGGACGGAUUGGGAUGCGAGAUCUGCUUCGAACCUUUUGACGACCAGAUCUUCAUGUGCAAGAAUGGGCAUCCUGCAUGCGGAACCUGCUGCAUCCGCAUGGACCGGCUCUGCUUCUGCACCGACCCCAUCGGCGACAUCCGGUGCCGGCCGCUGGAGAAGAUCCUGGCGGCCAUGACCAGGCCCUGCGCCUAUGUGACCUACGGCUGCAAGGAGAUCGUCAGCUACUCCGGGAGGAGGAGCCACGAGAAGGUGUGCCCGUUCGCGCCGUACCACUGCCCGUUCGACGGCUGCACCUACCAAGGCCUGGAGGUGUACACCCACAUACGCGACCGCCACGCCCCGUCCGCCGUGAUCGUGCGCGGCGGCAGCCAGCGCUUGGACGUCACGCUGGAGAAGAAGACGCCCUUCCGCGUGCUCCUGCACCGCGAUGGGGCCAGCGUCUUCCUCCUGCUUAACGGCGGCGACGUCCUGUGCGGGCGCUCGCUGUCGCUCGUCUGCAUGGGACCUCGCCCCACGGGGAACGCCGGCGUGAAGUACAAGAUGGAGGUGAAGAGGCGGAGCGACCCGGACGCGCCCGUGCUGUGGAGCUCCGGGGCCGCGCCCUUCGUCCGGCGGCUGAAGGAUUUCCAUGCCAAAGGGUUCCUGUUCGUCCCAGACUCCUACUGGGACUCCUACGACAGCGUCUCGGUCACGGUGCAUCUCACCGACGGCUGGUGA